UGGAACGAUGACUUCUUUCAUGAAUAUUACAUGGAAAUGGGAAUAUAUAUGUGGCUCUCAGGGUCUGGUCCCCUGGAACGAUGUGACGAAAGAUUUUGGAAUGUGUUUCCAGGAGUUGUUCUUACAAAUACCCACUUAUUUCAUCCUUGCUAUUACUUCAGGAUAUUACAUUGGAUAUCGAAAAGACUGGGUAGUAAGAGAAAAAACGCAAGAGCGGGCUAUAACACUGCGUAGUUUUGCAAUUUUGGCUCUAGUUUUUAUUCCCAUUAUAGAAAUAUACAUUUUCUUGACUAAUAAAGAUUUUACUUUAUAUCCUAUUGAUUACUUUACUUCGGGAGCCGCGUGUUUGUCAUGGCUUUUUCACUUUGGAUAUGUUUUGGCUUUAAAGCAUCGCCUUGGGCAUAGUUCUCGUGGGCCUCUAUGUCAACUCAUAUUAUGGAUGUUGCUGGUAAUAUUUAACAUAAUAGCACUACGCAGUUCUACUCUAACUAGUGCUCCAACGGAAUUCUACAUAGCUUCGAUAUGUUGUCAUGUGAUAUACUUCCUAACUUUAUUGCCAUCAAGUGACUCUAGGCCAACCUUUUAUUCACCGUGUCUUGUUGGUUCACAACAUUCUCAUAGUGAAUAUACCCCUCUUUUGCCACAAGUUGAUGAGGGUGUUCUUGGCACGGCUAUGCAAGGAGCUAGUUGGUGGUCUAAGCUUACUUUUACAUGGGUCAAUCCACUUCUUCAAAAAGGUUUUGAAAAUAAGUUGCAAGAUCCAGAAGAACUUUAUGACAUUCCAGCCAGAUACAGGUGUUCAUAUAUAGGAGCAAAAAUGGACAGAGCUCUUAUUGGGAAUGUUGAUAAUUAUCAUCAGUUUGCUGAAGUGCCUCAUGAACCAUUUAUUGGCUCUGGAUAUGGCUCUACUGGAGAUACGCAGCCAUCAAUAUCAACUCCAGUUACACCGACUGCCAGAGUGUUGAUACGUCCUACACGACGCCAAAACGUCUCUCUCUUACGUGCGCUACACCACUGCUUCGCUGUUCAGUUCUAUAGCAUUGGAAUGUUAAAACUAGUAGCAGAUAUGGCAGGUUUUGCUGGACCUAUAUUGCUCAAUAAAUUAGUUACUUUUGUUGAAGACGAGAGUAUCGACCAACAUUAUGGGUAUAUUUAUGCGGCUGAGCUACUUGCAGCGACAAUUAUCGGUGCAUUGUUUAACGUUCAUUUCAACUGGCAAAUGUCGAUCAUUGGGCUCAAAAUGCGCGGGGCAAUCGUUUCAACAAUCCUUAGAAAGACUCUAAGCGUAACAUCGAUGCAGCUUAAUAAAGCUUUUAGUUUUGGUGAAAUAACAAAUUUCAUGUCAACUGAUACCGACCGCAUUGUUAACUCAUGUCCCAGUUUCCAUGCCUUGUGGAGUAUACCGCUACAGUUAUUCAUAACCUUAUUCCUUCUUUACCAACAAGUUGGAAUAUCAUUUUUGGCGGGCGUCGCAUUUUCUGUUAUUUUGAUACCUAUUAACAAGUUUAUUGCAAACAAAAUUGGCGAGCAAAGCACCGAGAUGAUGAAACAUAAAGAUUCCCGCGUUAGUCUGAUAAGUGAUAUGAUUCGCGGCAUUCGAACGGUGAAAGUACAUGUUUGGGAAGACUAUUUCAUUGACAGAGUGUCAGAGGCGCGCGGUGCGGAGCUGCGGCGGCUACGCGCGCGCAAGUACCUGGACGCGGUGUGCGUGGUGCUGUGGGCGAGCACGCCCGUGCUCGUGGCGGCGCUCACGCUCGGAACUCACGCGCUGCGGGCCCAGCCGCUCACCGCGGCCACCGUAUUCACAACGGUAGCUCUAAUAAAUAUGUUAAUAGCGCCAUUGAACGCGUUCCCGUGGGUUUUGAAUGGCAUCACUGAAGCUUGGGUCUCCUUAAAACGAAUACAAAAACUUUUAAAUUUAGAGGACAUGAAUUUCGAACAAUAUUAUGACCGUUUAAAUAUAAACCGAGAUGAAGAUAAAAUUCUCAUUUUGAAAAAUGCAUCAUUUUGUUGGGCCCAAUCUUCUGUGCCGAGGAAGCCAGUAAAAGAUAAGAAAAAUAAAGGAAAGUCUAAAAAGAAAAUAAGUAAACGCAGAGAAAGAAAUGAGUCUGUGUCGUCCAGCGAGGGAAUUCCACAAGAGCCGUUUAUGUUAAAAACUAUAUCACUAGAAAUAGGCAAAGAAGAAUUAAUUGGUAUUGCUGGUCCAGUGGGUAGCGGGAAAACUUCAUUGUUGAUGGCUAUUAUAGGUGAAAUGAUAAAGCAAAGUGGCGAUAUUCAAAUGCCCGAAUAUCUUAACAGUUUUGGAUAUGUGUCGCAGCAGCCUUGGCUGGUGCGAGGCACUAUACGGGACAAUAUAUUGUUCGGAAAACCUUAUGAUGAGGCCAAGUUUAGAUCUGUUGUCGACGCGUGUGCAUUAACAGAGGACCUGAACGUGCUGGGCUGGAAUGCGUACGUGGGCGAGGGUGGCUGCACGCUGAGCGGAGGACAGCGCGCGCGAGUUUCCUUGGCGCGCGCCGUCUACCAGGACAAGCAAGUGUACCUGUUGGACGACGUAUUAGCCGGCGUGGACGCGAAUGUGGCUGCGCAUAUAAUGAAUCGCUGCGUGUGUGGCCUGCUGCGGCGCACGGCGCGUGUGCUGGUGGCGCACUCGCCGCGUCACCUGGCGCGGGCGCACCGCGUGCUGCUGCUGCGAGACGGACGUGUCGUGGCGCAAGGUCCACCAGAAACAGUUUUGAAUGAAAUCGAUGAAUUUUUACCGAGCGAAACAGAGUCAAUAGGAGAAGAGCCUCUGCGACGAGACAACGACGUGCACUCCGACGGACAGGACAGUGUCAGUCGGAACAGCUUGAAUGAGGAUGAGGCGAUGUCAGAAGGAACCGUAGGUUGGUGGGUGAUCGGACUAUACCUACGCUCCGUGGGCACCUUCCUAACAAUGACAAUCAUCAUGUCUCUUAUACUCAUGCAACUAUCGCAAAAUUUCACAUUCUUGUGGCUCACAUUUUGGGUUAAAAACUCAAGAAAGAACACUACGGAUCUGCAAUUAUCAUCCGAUAACGUACACGAUAACUCAACAAUACUGGAUCACGGCAUCAACAUCGCUGACAGUAUUGUCCAUAUCCUUGUAAAUAAAUCUAUGGAACUGAUAAAUAGUUUUAAUUCUAACGACAUACCGAAUUACGCUGCGACGACUGUUACUGAUCCAUUCCUAGUUCCAGAACGGCAAUUGAAAAUACCUACGAUAACCGAUACUUACUACUUGGAGAUUUAUUUUGGUCUUGCUGGAUUGAAUUUGGUAUUCACUAUCAUGCGCGCAUUUUUGUUUGCAUAUGGAGGGGUUAAAGCUGCUGAGAAAAUACAUAAAGCUCUUCUCAAAACUGUCGUCAAAGCAAACAUAAAAUUCUUCGAUGUAACUCCAACCGGCCGGAUAAUUAACCGAUUUUCGUCGGAUACGUAUACCGUGGACGAUUCAUUACCUUUCAUUAUGAAUAUAUUACUUGCUCAAGUAUUUUCUUUGAUAGGCGCGGUGGCGGUUACUGUCUACGGUCUACCAUGGUUACUUGUAGGAGUUUUGCCUAUGACUUUUAUCUAUUACAGACUACAACGGUUAUACCGGGUCACUUCGAGGCAACUUAAACGUCUGCAGAGUGUCGCCUUAUCGCCUGUCUACGUACAUUUCAACGAUACCCUUGAAGGUCUGAGCAGCGUGCGCGCACUUGGCGCGGGCGCGCGCUGGGCGGAGCGCGGCGAGGAGGCGGUGGAGCGCUGGCAGCGUGCGGCGCUGUGCGGCGCCGCCGCCGCGCAGUGGCUGGCCGCGCGCCUGCAGGCCGCCGCCGCCGCCGCCGUGCCCGCCGCCGCGCUGCUCGCCGUGCUGCAGCGCGCCACGCACGCCGCCGACCCCGGUCUCGUGGGCCUGGCAAUAUCUUACGCGCUGUCGAUGACAUCCAUGUUGAGCAACGUGCUCAACGCCUUCACCGAGACGGAGCGAGAGAUGAUUGCCGUGGAGCGAGUCGGCGAAUACAUCACACAGAUUGAAAGUGAGAAAAUAUAUGGAGAUGCGCCGCCAUAUGGUUGGCCGUCUCAUGGUGUUAUAAGUUUUGAAGAUGUCUACCUUAAAUACGGGAGAAGCGAGGGUGAAGCGGCGCUGCGAGGGCUAACGUUUUCGAGUCACCCCAGCGAGCGGCUGGCAGUGGUGGGGCGCACGGGGGCGGGCAAGAGCUCGCUGUUACGCGCAAUACUUCGCCUCGCGCCAUGUACUUCCGGCCGCGUGCUAGUGGACGGCGUCGACGUCGCGACGCUGCACUUGCACGCGCUCAGAUCGCGCAUCGGCAUCAUUCCCCAGGAGCCGUUCGUGUUCACGGGCAGCAUACGCGAGAACGUGGACCCCCUGCGGCAGUACCUGGACGCGGAGGUGUGGCGCGCGCUGGACGCGUGCGGCGCGCGGGCGGCCGUGGCGGCGCGCGGCGGCCUGCGCGCGCCCGCCGCCGGCCUGGCGCGCGGCCAGGCGCAGCUGCUGUGCCUCGUCCGGGCGCUGCUGCAGCGAGCCAAGGUGCUGCUCGUGGACGAGGCGACGGCCAACCUGGACGCGGAGAGCGAGCGCGUGAUCCUCGACACGAUCCGCUGUUCCUUCGGAGGCAGCACGGUGGUGUUCGUGGCGCACCGGCUGACAGGCGUGUUGGAGUGCGCGCGCGUGCUGGUGCUGGGCGGCGGCCGCCAGCUGGAGCUGCGCGCGCCGAACGACGCGCUCGCCGACCCCGCCUCGCACCUCUACCGCCUGCUGCACCCCGACGACUAGCCGCCACUGGCGCGCGACCGACGACACGUUUGGCACACAUGUGCACUCCCCCUCCCACACAAUUCGAGGCGGUGAUUAAAACUUCGGUUGAUUCCAAUGACCAUACCAAAAUUUAAUCACCAUAUAUCACCAAGGGAGGCAGGUUGUUAAAAAGUAGCUAAAAAAAACAUCACCUUAUCAUUGGGCAACACCUAAUGUAGUGAGCAAUAAAUUCAGGAUAAAUCUUAUUAUCAUUUACUAGGCGAUUACAUUACGAGGCGGUUUUAGAAAGUGUUCCAAUAUAAAUAAUUAAUAGUAAAAUUGAAA